GGCCUGGAUUGAGAUGUCCAGGGUUGGGGAAGAGGUGAUGGUCCCCGUUAUUUGGGGCUUAGUCCUUGCAGAGCUGGUUAUGCCAGCACUGGAAGCAGGGGCGUCUGGGGUUGGGGUGUAAGGACUUUAGGAUGAUUUUAAUCGGACUCUUCUAGUCUAUUUUCAUCUUUACAUGCUUCAGAGACGUGUCCCUCCUGUCCCCUGGCUUGCUCUGCUCCCAGCAGGAAAGCUGCCGUGGUCCUCUGUGUUUUCACUCUGACUACUUUUAAGGUUUUGUCUUUGUCCCUGGUUUUGAACAGUUUGAUGUGUAGCCUUUUCAGACUGGCUGCUUCUGCAUGCUGAUGAGCACUGAAGCCCCUUUGUGCCUCCUCGGGGCUCGCUCUGAGUAAUGUCCCAUCAUCUGGUGGCUGCCAGGUAUCGUCCACUCAGCGGCUGAUGGGCGGCACUUCUGGGUGCAGCCCCUGUCACUGUAGGUUUUCAUGUGGACAUUGGGGCAAAUACCAGAGGCUGACUGACGGUGAGUGUCUGGUUUGUCAGAACCCCAGUGCUGUGGCUCCAUGGCCACCCGCUCUGCAUACCGUCCCUGUCCCCAGUGUGUGCAUGGGGCUGUCCCCAUGAGUGUGUGGCACUUCAUUUUCUGUAGCCUUUGAGAGCUGGGCAUGCAUUUCUUCACCAACACUCCUCGCCCCCUCCUUUGUUUGUGAAGCACUUUAUUCAUUUUUGGCAAGAUUAGCAUUUUAAAGAUGUUUUAUAGACUCCUGGUUUCUAACAAGAAAUCGGCCAUUCCUACUUGUGUUUUCCAGAGUGUAACCUGUUUGUUUUCGCUGAUUUCCUCUUGUCGGGAUACCAGCCUUUGAGGGUGAUGUGUCCACUGGCCUUCUGCGCUGGGGGCUCUUGGGCCUGAGGCCGGUGCCAUGCACCGAGUUGGGCCAUCUUGGCCAUGACUUCUCUCUCCCCAGUUACACAGGGGAGCACGGGUAUUGUCCCACAGAUUUCCGAGCAUUCAGAUGGUUCCUUUUGACUUGUCCUGAGGUCACUGGUCCUCUUUUCCACAUUGCAGAUGCUAUGUGGGCCAUACCCAGAUGCUCCACUGUCCCUCUUCUGUUCCACCCCUUCUUCUGCAUUCUUCCACAGUCCUUAUCACACCCUGUGCUGACGCCAUUCCUUGCAGGCUGCUGUAAGGACAACAUGGAGAUUGUGGUGCCUGGCACAUGUGCCCCACAGGUGUCUGCAGGUAACUGCUGGGGUGUGGCUUUGCCUUGCUAUCCAGCAGAGGCCAUUGCUGCCCUACCGCUCUGCAGUAUCUCCUGAUCUUGGCCAAGCCUCCUCUGGAGUGAAGUACCCUGAAAUGCCACCCCAGCCAGCAGUGGUCAGGGAAGGUGGGGGCUUGGGUUGUACUUUCCAUGAAGCCAGCGCCUGUAGGAGUAAGCAGCUCACAGUCCAGGAGCAGCUGUCAUCCCAGUGACCUCAGGCUACGGGACUGUCUUUCAUUAUUUACUAGGUCACUUUUCAUUCAGUAAGCAUUGAUUGGGUGGGUACCUGCUGUGUGUGAUCCCUGUUCUCUUGGGGCUUGGGUCUGGGGAGGACACUAGGAUAAGCUGAUGAGCAGACACAUAGGCUGAGAUGCUGCUAGAACUUAGAGCUGGCAGGUUUGGGGUAAGGCAGGGGACGGCACUGCAGUAGAGCUGAGGAUUCCCAGGAUGCUGACUGGGGACGUUGCCCUGUCCCUGGCUUGGGUCAUGGGGCACUCGGAGACUGAAGUCCUAGUGCUGUGUGCAGGCUUGAGUUGACUGAUGCUGGCUUCUGACUGAAGGCGAGCCCAGAUAUGUACUCCCACCGUGUUCCAUUCAACCCUCCACUGACUGGUGCUUUCUAACAAGAUGGGGCCAUUCAGCCACCCAGAGGACUCCCAGUGACCCUAAUCCUUGCUGCCCUGCUCGAUUUUAAUCCUGACUCUGCCUGAGUAUUUUAAGAAUAGGGUGAGGGUGAGGUCAGUGGGACUGGCUGUAGCCACACCAGCUCCAUGCCCUCCUUCCAGCUGCUCUCCCUGCUUAUCAGGGAACAGGCCAAGCUCCUUCUCAACCAUGGCCUCUGCCCGCAGGAGCCGGGGCCAUUGUGGGUCUCCAGGGCAGCCUCCAUCCAGGCUGUCCCCACCACCACGUCCCCCUUUGGCAGGUGCCUCACAGCUGCCAACAAGCCCAUCACACAGUAGGUGCUCAGUAAAGAACCUCACAUUGCCUUGACUUCAGUACAAUGUUGCACCUUCUCUCCCUGAACUGAAAGUGUCAGGACAGCACCUAGGCGGCACCUGAUUGCAGCGAGGUUAAAGUGAAAAAAAUGCAAUACUGAUAAUGACGCCAGCUAACAUUUUAACAUUUUUGCGAGGCUGUUCAUGUAUUUUGUCAUAAUUCUCACAACAACCCUGAUUCGGUAAGUGUUGCAUGGAUGCAUCCAUGAAUGAACUACGGCCGCUGGAGGCUGGGACCAGCCGUUCCCCGGGGCUCUCCUCGCCCGGUGAGUGGCAGCAGGGGAAGCCAAUAAAUAGAGCCCGAGCCCGCCCGCCCGCGCUGGGAGGAGCGGAGAACGCGUUGGCCCUAGCGAAAGUUCCACCCUCGCCCAGAUACUGGAAAACCCUCUGAUCAAGUAUAAAGGGAUCCUUCGGCCGCCUAGGAGGAAGUCGGGGCGAGGGAGGAAGCUGCAAGUUUUAGGGUAUGGAGAUGUGCUCCGCACCAGAGCCAUUCCCAAAUGAAGAGACCGAGACUCAGAGAGGGGCCCGAGUUCCAGCCGCCUCCACCCGUGCUGCUGGGUCUGCCUACUCACCCCUCUUUCACUCCUUCCUUCUCAUCCCCGCCCUCAGACCCAGCUGGCCCAGUCCGUGUGGGACCCGAGCGUCCGCAGGGACCCGGACACUUUGGGUGACCCUGGAAUCGCUGUCCCUGAGCCUUAGCCUCCCCGCCUGGUGGGGGUGGUGAGUUGGGGGGACUGGACACUGACGACCCCUACGAGGUCAGAGACCCCCUCCUCCUACGUAUGCCAGGACCCUCGCGGUCGGGCAUACCCAACCUCCACCCGGGCUCUUUACUGCUCCUCUCUUUUCUGCACGCCGCGGGCGGGGCGGGGGCAGAGUCCGCCCCGAGUCCGCCCCCUCCCCUGGCUGUCCCGCCCUGCCCUGCCCUCCCCCUUCCCUGUCCUGGAGGGCCAGGCUUCGUGGCCCUGUGACCCCGCGGCCAGGCCGGGCCGGGACGGGACGGGACGCGCUGGGACCCGCGUCGGGGAUCGUCGAAGCUACCCAGGGCGGGGGCGGCAUGGAGCGGAGGUGGGUCUUCGUGCUGCUCGACGUGCUGUGCGUGCUGGUUGGAAGGACUUCUGGGUGUCAUCUCUCACAUCGGAAGGAAAGUCCAUGGAUCAGAAACAGCUCAUAUCCAGGGUUAACAGACAACAGCCUCUCUGCCUUUCGCCAUCCUGAUGCUCGUCAAUGCCCCAUACAAACGAGGGUUCUACUGUGGCGAUGACUCCAUCCGAUACCCCUACCGUCCAGACACCAUCACCCACGGGCUCAUGGCUGGCAUCACCAUCACCACCACCGUCAUCCUUGUGUCGGCAGGGGAGGCCUACCUGGUGUACACGACCCGUCUCUAUUCCCGCUCCAACUUCAACAACUGUGUGGCAGCCAUCUACAAGGUGCUGGGGACCUUCCUGUUUGGGGCCGCAGUGAGCCAGUCCCUGACAGACCUGGGCAAGUACAUGAUUGGCCGUCUGCGGCCCAACUUCCUGGCAGUAUGUGACCCUGACUGGAGCCGCAUCAACUGCUCCAUCUAUGUGCAGGAGGAGGUGUGCAGGGGGAGCCCUGCCAAUGUCACUGAGUCCAGAUUAUCUUUCUACUCCGGACACUCCUCCUUUGGGAUGUACUGCAUGAUAUUCUUGGCGCUCUAUGUUCAGGCACGGCUCUGUUGGAAGUGGGCACGGCUGCUGCGGCCCACGAUGCAGUUCUUCCUGGUGGCCUUUGCCCUCUAUGUGGGCUACUCCCGCGUGUCUGACUACAAACACCACUGGAGUGAUGUCCUUGUGGGCCUCCUGCAGGGGGCACUGGUGGCCGGCCUCACUGUUCGCUACAUCUCUGACUUCUUCAAAACCCGGCCCCUGCAGCGCUGCCUGGAGGAGGAGGAAGUGGAACGGAAGCCUAGCCUGUCACUAAUGCUGACCUUGGGCGAGGCUGAGCACAACCACUGUGGGUACUCAGUCUCCAAUUCCUGAGGCUGGGAGCCUCCCAGGCAGGGCCUGUCUGGGCCCUCAGGCUGUGUGUCAGCAUGUCCAUGGUGCUGGCAGGGCCCUCACCUAGGAUGGUGAUGAGGGCUCUGGACAGGCUCUAGGUGCUGGUUCCCUGGGUGGUGGUGGGGAGGUUAUUCCACUAACCCCACCUCCUGUACACUGGACUAGGGGUCUGGGGUGCCCAGGGCAGCCCUAGUGUUUGGAAGGGAGACACUGUCCUCAUAGCUCCCUCAGUACCUACCCCUUUUAUUGGUUAGGAAAGGGACCAAGAGAUCUGGAUAAAUGCUGUUUUUGUAAAAUUUAAUGUAUUUUUAGUAAAAUAGGGCAUUUGCUUGACAAAUGUUAUUAGCGCCUCUUCCUUGUGGCCAUUCUGAGGACUACAGCAGAGUGAGGGGGACCAGACCCUUCCUUGUCAGGUUGAGAAUCUCAGCUGAUCUUAGGUGUUGGAGUGGCUUGUGAAGUCCACAAGACAAA